AUGAUUGGCGUGGAUGGGGAGGGGGGCUGCCGCCGCUGCUGCUGCCUCUCACUCUCCUCCCCCUCUCCAAGCGCCGCCCCCUCCCCGCCCAUCCUCCUCUCGCCCCCACCCCACCCACCCCCGUUCAAGGAGGCGGCUGGCCACUCGGCGGUGGUGCUGCUUGGAGGCGAGGCGGCCGCGGAUGAUGGGGCGGCGGCGAAGGAGCUAAUCGGCGGCGUGGAAGGGCAGGCAGGGAUGGGGGCGCCCCCGGCGGCUCCCCGGCUGGCCCUCCUGGCUUUGCUGCUGGCGGGCUCUGAGCCCCGUCCGAGUUUCCCGGGUGACCCCAAAAUCCCGGGACCCCUGUGGAGAAGCAGCCAGGGGGCCCUCCUUCUCAGCAGCCAGCCCCCCACGAAAGUGCAUCCGGCUCCCCUCAGAGAGACCUCCGGGCUGGUGGGCAACGUCUCCGCGGCUCAGGGGUCAUCUGUGCAACCGGCCCGGGCCAAGGAGUCCCCACGGGUGCUCCACGCUCUGCCCCCCACAUGGGCCCGUCAACCCACGUGGGAGCCCAAAACCUGGCCAGUUCUCUGUCCCGGCUGCUCCCGGCGGACGGUGAGAGAGAUGGUGGAGAGUGAUUCGCACCCGGACCCCGGCACUGAAGCUUCCUCGGCUGCCCCACGCGGGGCAUCCCUGGGGAGGGCGGAAGACGGCACCUGGAGGCUUUUCGACCGAGGCAAAGCCGGGCCCGGCAGCCAAGAAGACGUGGGCAGUGGAGACCCCCACGCGAAGACGCCCCUGAAUCCCGGAUGGGCCACGGCACUCCCCCCGCACGAUUUCAAUCCACUCGGUCGCGACAACGCCGAGAGGGAGCUGCUGCUUGACCCCACGCGAUCCACGCACCACCCCCAAGCGGCUGAGACCCUGGGAGGAGCCGGCGGUGCCCAGGGCCCGACAGAAGAGCUGUCCAGCCGCACCCCGAACCUGGAGACCCUCCGCUCCACGGCACCUCCCAUCGUCAAACCUACGCAGACCCCUUCUUCUGAUCCACUGGCCUCGGAGAUCAUCGACAUUGAUUACUAUGACCUCUUCGACGGAGGGGCCUUGCGUGGGCCUGGCGUAGACUCGACCAAGUCGAAGCCGUCUGUGGACAAAGGGGUCUCGUGGCCCUUCCGUGACCUUUACGAUGAGUUCAGCCCAUUCGACGAGUCGGAUUUUUACCCCACAACCUCCUUCUACACCGACGGCGAUGAGGAAGAGGAGCCGGAGGAGGAGGAGGAAGAGGAGGAAGAAGAAGAGGAAGAGGCAGGGGCUGCAGAGGAAGAGGAAGAGGGGAAGGACCCCUGGGCCCCCACGCCCACACCCCCUAAAGUCCACAGCAAACUCCCCGGCACAGAGCCCACCGUCCGCCGCUUUCUUCUCCCCCCGUUGCAGACUUUUGUCGUUUCGGGGGGACGAACCAUUGCCGGACCAGUUUCGGGGGAUCCGGCCCGGGAAGCCAGCAUCCCAGAGAACAGCACCGAAUGCCGUAGCGGCUACACCCGACACAACGCAACUUGCAAGUCAGUUUGCGACACCUUCCCAAGUUACUGCCACAACGGGGGGCAGUGUUACCUAGUGGAGAACCUGGGCGCCUUCUGCAGGUGCAACACCCAGGACUACAUCUGGCACAAGGGGCUGCGCUGCGAGUCCAUCGUGACCGACUUCCAGGUGAUGUGCGUGGCGGUGGGCUCGGCUGCCCUGGUCGUCCUGCUCCUCUUUAUGAUGACUGUCUUCUUCGCCAAGAAGCUCUACCUGCUCAAGACCGAGAACCUCAAGCUGCGGAAGAGCAAGCUCCCUGUGUCUUCCUCCCCUGUCUGCUUGUCUCCAUCCUCCAUCCGUGGUGUUGUGGUGGAUGGCUGUGAUGAUCCCAGUGCCCCCCACAAGCUGCAGGACCCCUUGAAAUCCUGCCUCAAAGACGACGAAGUGUUUAACAUUCAGAAUUCCACCUCGCCCAAGCUGGAUAACCGGAAAGGCAAUCCAGACGACCCCGAUGCAAACUGUUUGCAGAACAAUCUGACUUGA